GUAGUCGACUGAUGAAGUAGCCAUUUGCAAUCAUCGUCCAACGAGCAUGAAAGACGUUAGUAGUUCUGGGUAUAUUUCUGUGCCAGAAAAAUGGAGAAAAGAUGGAGCACUAACAGAUCCAUCAAGUGGGAUGAAGGCAAUAUCCUAGGCCGUGGAUGUGAGGGUACAGUGGUUUUUGCUGGACAUUUUAAUGGUCAACCGGUGGCUGUGAAACGAAUUUUGUUGACCAAUGUUCAGCUGGUUGAGCGGGAACUAGAGGCUUUACUCCAUUGUAAACAUCCACGUAUUUUACAACUUCUGCACGUUGAGCAGGAACACCCGUUUUUGAGGCUAGCUUUAGAACUAUGUGUUGCUACUUUAGAUGAUUACUGCAAGGAAAGCUAUACAGGUCCCAUGCUUGAAGAAAUGGAAGCUCUGAAGCAAAUGUUGGAAGGUUUAGCCUUCAUUCAUUCACGCAAAUACGUCCAUCGUGACGUCAAACCCAACAAUAUAUUGAUCUCAUCAUCGGGUGGACUCAAAAUAGCCGAUUUUGGAUUUUGCAAACUAGUAAGAGGUACGGACUCAUUCUCUUUGUCUGCUGCUGGUAUCGGCACCCCUGGUUGGAUGGCUCCGGAAUUGCUACAAAAUAUGCAAGACUUGGAAACUGGGCGAAAGGUCGCCUUGUAUGCUACCACGGCAAUAGACGUUUUCCCUCUGGGAUGUGUUUUCUUCUUCUUUUUGACGAAAGGUACACACCCAUUUGGAAUUACGAUGAUGAGAAAUGCAAACAUCCUCACGGGAACGUACAACCUUACAAAAUUGGGGAAAAAACCUGUGUUCUUACGAGGAUUAAUCAAAGAAAUGAUUAGCAAGAAUCCUGAAGACAGACCUAGGCUAGAUGAAAUUCUAACAAGGCCCGUCUUUAACACAUCAAAUGUAUCAGAUUCAGAAGAGUUAUUGAAAGACGACACGAAAUUCGAUCUUUGGCUUCGAAAUAUAAAAAGCCGAUUUGCCUCCAGUAAAAAGAAGGGCGGAAAAAACCGAUCGCCCCAGUCAAAUACGACAAAUGACGAAUGCGAUUCUGCCGCCCGUCCAACUACCCUGUUUGCGACGACCAACAACAGAACGCCUAUGCUUCAAGGACUAACUGGAUUGCAGGUUGUCAAAGAAGAGCCGAGUCCAACAUCGUCUGAUGGAUUGAAGAUGUCCACCCGACGUCGUGCACAAACCAGUUCGGAUGCCAUCAGGCAAAGAUUACAGGUUUCAAGCGCACCCACAUCUUGGCAAAGAACCCUUCCUCGCAGCCGUCCAAGAAGAUUUAUUUGGAGCGAGUUCCUUUCUGAUGGCACUGAAGAGGAAGCAUUCUACUCUUCUUCCAUUCCUCGAGUUCGUUCGGUGGCAUCAAUGUCAAAUCUUGAACCUGGAUUAGCAAGUUCUGCAGAGAGUUUCUCAGACCAAAGAUUAUCAUCUUCGUCCCUUCACUCUAAGACAGGCAGUCUUUUGUCUUUGAGUCGCUCAUUCAUCGGUGACCUGUUAAACAAAUCCCAAUGAAGCCCGAUUCUUUUUAGUAAAGCUUUUCUAUAUUUAUUCAUUUAAAUGCGACAGAGAUUAAUAUUUUUAUCUCUACCUGAAUUCCUAGCGUGCAAGCAACACAAAUCUGCUGACCUAUGUGUCACCAAAUUAAAAGGCAUUAAUUGAUUAUGAACAUUAUAAUUAUUGUUGUUAAAAUCUGUAUGGCGUCAUAUAGUUUCCUCAAUGUUCAGUUACUAGAAAAUGGCCCCAAUACUAAAAUUUCCAAUCGACAGGAAUUCACGAAUAAUUAAUUAUU